UUCCUGUACAAAACUUUCGAAUCGCAUGUACGUACACAUGCAGGGAGGAAGUAUGUAUGCGACGUCUGUGGAUUGAGAUUCUUCAAACGAAGCCGAAUCAUUGAACAUUUAAGAAAUCACAAGGAAAUAAAUAAUUUUAUUUGCGACGAAUGCGGUAAAGGAUUUAAACGCCACAACAAUUUAUUGUUUCACAUGAGAACGGUGCACGUGAAAGAACAACCACUGAAUUGUACACACUGCAAUAAGAUGUUCAAAAACCUGUACACAUUGAAAAUGCACAGAAAGCGACAGUUGGGAACGAAAAACUCGUUAAAAUGUGAAUUUUGUGGCAAAUGUUUUGCAUCACCACAUUUGCUUCGGAGUCAUAGGUUUUGGCAUUCUGAGGAAAGACCACAUUGUUGUGAAAUUUGCGGUUCUAGAUACAAAGCGAAGGGGCAACUGAAAGUGCAUAUGCAGAAACACACUGGCUCCAAACCUUUUGAGUGUGAUCUGUGUAGCAAAUGUUUUACUACUGCACGAGAGCUGAGAAGGCAUGCGAGUGUGCACACAGGUAUACGCCCACACAAAUGUCCGCACUGUGACAGAACGUUCCAUUCUAAGAAGCAAAUGUUGAAACACAGUGCUUUUUGCCAUAAAGGGUGUGAAGUCGGCAAAGUUGACAAAAGUGCGAAUAAAUGAAU